AUGCGAACUUAUUCUCAAUAUAAUGAUGGUUUCAAGUAUAUACUUUGUAUUAUUGAUGUAUUUAGUAAAUAUGCUUUUGCAAGACCAAUGAAAAAGAAAAACUCAGAAACAACUAAAGAAUGUUUUGAAAGUAUAUUUACUGAAAGUAAUUUAACACCUACUCACAUACAAUCCGAUAAAGGUACAGAAUUUGUUUCAAAAGAUGUACAAAAAUACUUUAAAUCCAAAAAGAUUAAUUACUAUACCACUAACAAUCCUGACAUUAAGGCUAGUAUUGUUGAACGAUUUCAAAGAACACUAAAAAUGAAAAUGUGGCGUUAUUUCACUCAUAAUAAUACUUAUAGAUAUAUAGAUGUUUUACAAGAUUUAAUAUACUCUUAUAAUCACAGCUUUCACUCUAGUAUUAAGAUGUGCCCAUGUGAUUUAAAUUCCAACAAUAUUAUGUAUGUACAGUUUGGACUAAUCUUUAUGAUAGACGGUAAAAAAAACUUUCUUUAG